UGCGCGGGUGUGGAAGGCCGGCGUGCGGGCCGCGAGGGGUGUGCGCGCGUGAGACGGAGCGGGGCUCGCCCCUCGCCGGCGCCCGCCGCCCCGCCGGUGAUCGCUCUCCGGCCGUCUCCAGCACCUUCGGCCCCCCACGGCCGUUGGUCCGGGCGGGGGAGGGAGAAAGUGAGACUCGGUGUCAUCACCAUCCAUUGUCAGGAGGGGAGGAAAUUGGAAUCCAGCAGUGGCGAGCAGCAGCUGGGCGGUCACAUCUGGGAAUGCAAAGCCGACCUCCCCCUCCUCCUCCUCCUCCACCACCUCCUCCUCUCUCACCCAGGAUCACUUCCGAAACCACUUCGCCUUCAGCCCCUGCCUCGGCCAGAGGGAUUUAUUUAAUGGGGAUGUGUUCAAGGCAAGAGCGAAUUCAGAAGGAUAUCGACGUCGUGAUCCAGAAGUCCAGAGCCGAGAAGGACUGCCUGUUUGCAGAUUUCAGAUACUCAGACUCCACCUUUACUUUCACCUACGUUGGCGGCCCCAAAAGUGUAUCCUAUUCAGUACAUGUAUCUGAAGAUUACCCAGAUAAUACGUAUGUGUCAAGUUCAGAAAAUGAUGAAGACGUAUUAGUUACUACGGAGCCAAUUCCAAUAAUUUUCCACCGGAUAGCAACAGAAUUAAGGAAGACAAAUGACAUUAACUGUUGCUUAUCCAUAAAAUCAAAAUUACAGAAGGAAAAUGGAGAGGAGUCAAGACAAAAUAGUACAGUGGAAGAAGAUUCUGAAGGUGAUAAUGAUUCUGAAGAAUUUUAUUAUGGAGGACAGGUGAACUAUGACGGGGAACUGCACAAGCACCCACAGCUUGAAGCUGAUUUGUCAGCAGUGAGAGAGAUAUAUGGGCCACAUGCAGUUUCUCUCAGGGAAUAUGGAGCCAUUGAUGAUGUAGAUAUUGACCUGCAUAUUGAUGUUAGCUUUCUUGACGAGGAGAUUGCUGUGGCUUGGGAAGUAAUUCGAACAGAACCUAUAAUUGUCCGACUACACUGUUCACUUACACAGUAUUUAAAUGGUCCAGUGCCCACUGUUGAUGUCUUUCAGAUUUCUACAAAAGAGCGAUUUGGAUUGGGACAUCAGCUAAAAAAAAUCAUGCAGACAUUUGUUACACAGCAGUGGAAACAGAGCAAAGAAAAAUCCAAUUGCCUGCACAGUAAGAAGCUGUCUGACAAGAAGGUGAAGUCCCCCCUGCAUUUAUUUACUACCUUGCGCAGGUCGCCAAGUUAUCCUCCCCCUGGUUGUGGUAAAAGCAAAUCCAAGCUGAAAUCUGAGCAAGAUGGAAUCUCCAAAACACAUAAGCUGCUGCGGAGGACUUGUUCCAGUACCGUCAAGGCUGACGACGUGUGCUCCAGCAAGUCGCACAGGACCUUUGGUCGCUCCCUGUCCAGCGACCCCAGGGCUGAGCAGGCGGUGACGACAAUUAAGUCGCACAAACUCUUGAACCGGCCCUGCCCUGCAGCUGGCAAGCAAGAGGACUGCCUGGCGCUGAAGUCGCAUAAACUGUUGACUCGGUCUUGUUCUGGAGAUCCGCGAUGUGAGCACAAUGCCAACCUGAAGCCCCACAAACUGUUGAGCAGGUCUUACUCCAGUAAUCUCAGAAUGGAAGAGUUGUACGGACUGAAAAACCACAAAUUGCUCAGCAAGUCUUACUCCAGCGCUCCCAAGUCAUCCAAGACGGAGCUUUUCAAGGAACCUAACGCAGAGGGCAGGAGGCUCUCUCUUACCUCAGGGCUUAUUGGUAUCUUAACACCCUCUUCGUCAUCUUCCCAGCCUGCUCCAAAUGGUGCCAAAUGCAUUCCAAUACGAGAUCGCGGCUUCCUAGUGCAGACAAUUGAGUUUGCUGAACAGCGGAUCCCUGUAUUGAAUGAAUACUGUGUGGUUUGUGAUGAGCCACACGUGUUUCAAAAUGGCCCCAUGCUUAGGCCCACUGUGUGUGAACGAGAGCUUUGUGUGUUUGCUUUUCAAACCCUGGGAGUAAUGAAUGAAGCUGCUGAUGAGAUAGCAACUGGAGCUCAGGUGGUAGAUCUACUAGUGUCCAUGUGUAGGUCUGCAUUGGAAUCUCCUAGAAAAGUUGUCAUUUUCGAGCCAUAUCCUUCUGUGGUAGAUCCUAACGAUCCUCAGAUGCUGGCCUUCAACCCCAGGAAGAAGAACUAUGAUCGAGUAAUGAAAGCACUGGAUAGCAUAACUUCUAUUAGAGAAAUGACACAAGCACCGUAUCUCGAAAUCAAGAAGCAGAUGGAUAAACAGGACCCCCUUGCUCAUCCCCUGCUGCAAUGGGUUAUUUCAAGUAAUAGGUCACAUAUUGUGAAACUGCCAGUUAACAGGCAACUGAAAUUUAUGCAUACUCCACAUCAGUUCCUUCUUCUCAGCAGUCCACCAGCCAAAGAAUCUAAUUUUAGAGCUGCUAAAAAACUCUUUGGAAGCACCUUUGCAUUUCAUGGCUCACAUAUUGAAAACUGGCACUCUAUUCUGAGGAAUGGUCUGGUCGUUGCUUCUAAUACUAGACUGCAGCUCCAUGGUGCAAUGUAUGGAAGUGGAAUCUAUCUUAGUCCAAUGUCAAGCAUAUCUUUUGGUUACUCAGGGAUGAACAAGAAGCAGAAGGUGACAGCCAAAGACGAGCCGGCCUCAAGCAGUAAAAGCAGCAGCACAUCACAGUCACAGAAAAAAGGACAGCAAUCCCAAUUCCUGCAAAGCCGUAACCUAAAAUGCAUCGCCUUAUGUGAAGUGAUCACCUCACCUGACCUGCACAAACAUGGAGAGAUAUGGGUCGUCCCCAAUACUGAUCAUGUCUGCACACGAUUCUUCUUUGUCUAUGAGGAUGGCCAAGUCGGAGAUGCAAAUAUUAACACGCAAGAAGGAGGCAUUCACAAAGAGAUCCUUCGAGUAAUUGGUAAUCAAACCGCUACUGGGUAAAGGACCACCAUUUAAUUAACGUGAUUUGAAAGGCUUCCUCGGGUUCAAAGCUGGAUUUUGAACUGAAGAAGAUGAUAAAAUAAUUUAUUGUUAUUAUAAACAAAAGUAACCCUUUGAAUACUGAUUUUUUUCUUAGUAUUUCUAAGUAUCUCAUUAAGCAUACCUAAAAUGGUAUACAAUUUAUCAAUUGUAGGGUUAUGGAAUCUAGUAAUAAAAUUACAACAGCACUUAAACUUAAGUUUGGGCUGCUCACACAAUAAACAGAUUGAAAAAACAGUUUUGUGCUGAUAUUUUUAUAUUAAACUCUUUAAUUGGAAAUUUGGUAUUAUAUACCGACAUUUUAGGUUACCAAAAUAGAACUGAGAACAUUUUAUAAUGACGUCUAAAUCUAUACAAUACUUUGCAAUAAGUCUGUUUGCACAUUCCGGUGUGCUAUUUAAUUAGUGGUAUGAACAUUCAAAUGUUUGGGGAGGGGAUGUUUCCUAUUCUCCUGUUACUUUUUUCUUAAACAAAAACAAUUAGGUCUUAGAUGCAGUGCUUUGCCCAAGAGUAUGUAAUGUACAUAUCUAUAGAUUCAUGCAUCAAAAUGUGUGUGAUGGUGCAUAUAUGUGUGUGUAUACACAUAUAUGUGUAUUGACAACAGAGAUGGCAUGGCUCCAUGAUUCCAUUCCCAUUUAAUGAAAAGAAAAUAAUAUUCAGUAAGCAGGAAAUCUGGACAUAAACCAAGAUACGAGUCAAAUUUAUCACCAUUCAUUCACUGAAAAUAUUUACAAACAAUUUUUCUAUUUGUUUAAAUAAUUUUUCCUUCAGUUAAAAUUCAACUCUUUUAUAACGUUCUCUAACAAUUAUAAUUUGGGGAACACAGGUGCCCCAGGUGGACUAAAUCUAUAUUCAAAUGAUUAUAUGUUUAAAAGAAGGGCCUCAGAAUUUAAACAAACAGUAUAUAUUUUUUAUUUACUACAAUGGAACAUUUUUACAAUUUAUUUAUACCACACCAGCAUUUUUAUAUUUUUUCAUCUAAUACCUCUGCUUAUGUUUUUUCGUAUUGAGAAAGAAGACAAACUUUGAAGUUUCUUUUAUAUUAAAAGAACACAAAUAGAUUUAUAGAGAAUAAUAGCACCAGCUCUCAGCAUUUUCCUUUCAAGGGUCAUGUGCUCAUCAAAAUCAUUUCUAUUUCUUUGGGUCCUGAAGUUAUUCUUGCUCAUUAUAAGUUUUAAUUGACAGUGUUUUAUUUCCUACGUGAUAUCUUUGGAAUAAGGCCAUUCAUGAGAGCAGUUUAAUUAACAAGUCUGCCACUCUAUUCAGACCCUGAAUCAAGGCUCAUAUCUGAUUCUAAUUUAUUUAGAAAGAAAAAAAAAGUAAAAAUGUAUAGUCAUUUGCAAGUAUAAUGUUAUAACUUCUGUGUUUAUUUCCUUUGGCACACAAGGUGAGCAAAAAGGUCACACGCAUCGCUAAGGGUUGCUACUUAAGUAUUUACCUAUUGUUUGUUUCCUUAUAUUGUAAAUAAUUGAUAAUGCCACUUAUUUCUGCAAAAAUAGACUUGAAGCGGUUGAGAUACUAAUCAUUGUGAUAGGAUCCACUUAAAACAUUGAUCCAUUCCGACUUGGGCCUCCAAACUCAAAGCCAGACUGAGGCAUAGUAGGGCAUAGAUCUAGCAUGUCACUUAGUACUCUGUGACCAGAUAUUUGAAGACUUUCCAUGGGACAAGCGGAUGACUUGCUUCUUUCUGCCAAGACUCCCCAAGUCUCCCAAAUCCCUUUGACUGCGUUUUAAAAACAUUUUUAAGCGUCAAAAUUACUGUUUUCAAAUUAAUUUUGUGGCACGUUCUAUAUAUAAUAUAGUUGUGAAGACGUAAUGGCAGGAUUUGGAAGUUGAGGUCUCGGAACCCCACCUGUGUGGCCACUGGCAGCACUGAGGCAACUCCAAAAACGCCCUGUAGCGCCCCCCACCAAGCAUAGUUUUCGAACCACGGACCUAACCCAUUAAGGUUUUACUUAACAGUUGAGUGAUCUACGAGGAGUGUAGUAUCAGAAUCUGAACUGGAAUGGGUGACUUGGAGGACUCAGGGGAGAGUAUUUUAGGGAGGAAAAACUGGAAGAAUGCAAACCUCUACCACCAGUUUAAGAAUAGAACUUGGAUGUAAAUUUUUUAAAAAAUGAAAAGAAAACAAUAAAAGUAGAUUCACCUCUUAGAGCAGGGGAAGCAGUUGAUAGUUUUAAUGCCCCCUAACUAUUACAGACAAUGGACAUCUGUUAUGAUAAUAAGAUGUCUCCAAAUAGUAACUAAUUGAAUGCUAUUGCAGUGCAAAAUGACAGAUUUUAAGUUUGUUUUGAAAAAUUGUCAGAAUCUCUGUAAGCAAAUAUUCGAAGUAUGAGAGCCAAUCUUUUAAUUGAACGUUUUUGAUAUUGGGGUUACUAUAGUAUACUGAUACUUACCUUUAUUUUUAAAUAAUCCAAUUUCAGUAUUAAUUAAUUAAUAAUAUUCAUUAAUAUUCAUCAAAAUGAAUCAUGCUUCCAAGUAGGUCUGUAAGAUUUAGAAGUUUAAACAUUAUCAUGCCUUGAUUCAGUCACCCCAUUAAGAUAUUACCUAUUGACAUAUUUGAUGAUUCCAAACAUGUGAUAUUGUAUUGUAUUUAUAUAAUAUUUGAAGUCUGUUCACUGAUGCUUUGUAACAGUUGUAUUAAUUGUGUAGUCAUUACUACUUAGCAUUAACCCACUGAGCAAAGGUAAUCAUUUAUUUUCAUUCUUGAAGUAGGGAAAGAAGAACCUUAAUUUAUUAGUUCUGCUUUUUCCUACAUUACUGAUUUUUGUAAACAUUUCACUAUGAGUGAUUUGUCCUUUUCAUUGUCCACUGUAUUGGAAAAAAAAAAGAAAAUGAGUGAACAUUUGAGAAGAGAAAAAAGUAAUAAUAUACUUAAAACCUAGUGCUAUAGAAUACAUUAUGGUAAGGUACCUUGGGUGCCUUAGAUUGCAUUAUGUUGUAAUGAUUUUUAUUUUUAUUUUUUCUUCAGCAAAUCUCAGUCAAAUGUUGGAUUUGAAGGUGGUUUUUAAGUUUAAAAUUUAAAUGAGUGCCACCUCCUUAAACUUAGUAUCAUUAAUGUGGUGUAAGAAAAAAACCCAAAAACUAUUGCUAAUGUUCUGAAUAUUUUUCAUUGAAAAAUUUAAGAGUUUAAAAAAGAAAUCUCUCAGUUAUUCUCCACUUUGCUAAAAGAAGGGAAACUUUUAAUACGCAGUAUAAAUUUUUAAUAUCAUUGAAAGAAUUCUGGCCCUACUUUAUACCGUAGUAUCAUAACUUGCCAGAGGGCAUGGUGUCGAAGAAAGUUUUAAGGAAAAAUCAUCAUCUUUGGAAAUGUCUGGAUGCCUUUCAUCAGAUAGUGAUUUAAUAUGUCAUGAAGGGCCACUCAACCUUGGACUGUCUACCACUUAAAUAUGUGGAUUUCAUAGUAGCACUUGAAGCACAUUUAAAAAAUACUAGGAUGUUAUUCGAUUGUUCCGCUGAAUUCUUCAUUCUAACACUACCUCAAGACAAUUGACAGACCGUUUGUUAAGGUAAACUGGGUUUCCAGUAUAAGGAACGCAUAAAAUUUUGCAAAUGGAAGUUAUCAAGUAAUGCAACAGUCAAGACUGUGCUGGACACAGAUAUUGUCAGUUACCUCUUGACAGUGCAGUAAUACGGAUAUUUCAGUCACUGGUGAUGAACGACAUAGCUAACUAACACCCAGUGAGUUAUGUGAAGGGGUUUCAAGUUGCAAAAUCUGAAUAUAAGUAGUCCCCUUUAAGAUUGGUUUUCUCCAUGGGCCAAUUUUAUGUGCAUUCACCUAAGCCGCAAACAAUUGCCCACUUACAGUCAAAGGAUUAACAUACUCAACUGCUUUACCAGAGUGGCAGACUGAAUAUUCAAUUAUUUGGCAUUGAAUGCCUGCUAACUUUUUGUCAGAUUGAAUAUAAAUUUGAUGUACAUUAUUGUCCAGUCAGUUUUUCCUGGAGAUUUUGUAUACACUAUGAUAUAUUAGGGUAAGUUUUUGGAGGUUGAAAGAAUUUCAAGUAGUUUUUAGACAAAACAUAUCCAUGAGUGUGAAAAAGCUGUGUUGAAGAAUAGAUUACAUUGCACAUUUACCAGCAAGUCAGUAAAAAAAUAGUGCUUAUUUACAUAGUCAACAUAAUUUAAUGUUCUAAAAAUAUUUUCUUCAAUCUGCCCAAUAUUUAAUGUAUCAUUUGAGAUUUUUAAAAAUGCAGCCACUCCUUUAUGUAAACAUUAAGAUAUGCCUGUGUUUCUUUAACUAUCCAGCCUUCUUUACAAUAAAUUUCUUGACUUCUGUGCACAAAAUAGUAUUGCAACCUGCUAUUUAGCCUUUGGUGCCUUAGAGUUAUUAUAAAUAUUUAACAAUAUGUACAUAAUGUAAAUACUGCCAAGAGAUCACUAAGGCCAAAUAUUUUCUCUAUUCACUUUUUAUUGCACUUGCUUUCUAUUGCUACUUAAGCCUCUUUUAUCCAGCUUUGUAAUAGUUCUAACAUUGUAGCCAAUGUAAAUGUUUACUUUCAAUAAAUCUGAAUUUGUUCAACAA